CACUUAUUGUGUACUUAUUGUGCAGCCUGGAUGUUAUGCUCUUUUGUGUUUACAUGGGAUCAAAUUAUUCUUAAGGAUUCACACGUCCUCAAGUUAGAGUAGGCACCUUAAUAGCUAUACGCUUGUGGAAUGCUUGAUUUGAAGAUGAAGGAGACGUGUCGCAUCUGUGGACGGGAGCUCUGCGGUAACCAAAGGCGAUGGAUCUUUCACCCCACUGCCAAGCUCAACCUGCAGGUGCUGCUGUCACAUGCCCUCGGGCGUGAGCUGACCCGGGAUGGCAGAGGAGAGUUUGCCUGCUCCAAGUGCACCUUCAUGCUAGACCGCAUGUAUCGCUUCGACACAGUGAUCGCCCGCGUGGAAGCCCUGUCCAUCGAAAGGCUGCAGCGGCUCCUGCAGGAGAAACAUCGGCUGAGGCAGUGCAUCGGUGGGCUCUACCGCAAAACAAAUUCAGAAGAGGGUGCUGUAACAUUAGCCGGAGUUAAUGAAGGACCAGGGGAUGGGAUGGUGGACAUUUCAGGUCUCACUCAUGCAAAGUACUGCGCUCUGCUCCAAGAUGACCUGGUCUACUCUUUGUAUGAGUCCUGGGCUGAUGACAGUCUGGACUGUCCCCACCACCACCCUCAGUGUCCUGGUGGUCCAGGGUCAGAGGCAACAAUCACAGGCUCACAUCGCUGUGUUGCCAGCACUCCCAGGAAGUGUCGGGGAUGUUCCUACUUACGGGUGGCAGACUCUGACUAUGAAGCUGUUUGCAAAGUGCCCAGAAAGCUGGCACGGAGUAUUUCCUGUGGCCCAUCAACCAGAUAUUCAGCCAGUAUUAUUGUAGGGAGUGUGACUGGGGGAGUGGGAGGAGGUGGGGAAGAGAAAAGAGAAAAUGUGGAGGAGUCAGAAGAAGCCCCCUCCUCUCUAACUCUGGUCCCUGGUUCUCAGGACCCCUCGAGGACAUCAGACAGCGAUCGCACCCUGGCUGGACGAGCCAGCUCCAGCCCAUCAAUAGCUUCCUUAGAGACAACUGAAGAAUAUAUUCAGCCUGGGGCCAUUGCAGAUGGGCCGCUUAGCUCCCCCAGGGAACCAAUAGAUGAUCGAAUAUCUGACUCCUUCUCUGAAGACCACAUGGGAAACCCACAUGACCAAGCCUCACCUGGACCCAGCCUCUCUUUAGCCCUCUGUUUGCUGCAGAGCUAUGCUGUCCACCGACCAGUCCGGAGCUCUAAGGGGAGCAAAUUGCCAGUGCUGCUUCGCAGGAGCUCUAGCAAUGGAGGGGUGAGAGUGGACUCCCCUGAUCCAGUUCUGGGAGUGUCUUAUGGAGCUCCAGAUAGAGAAAGAAACAACCACAUGCCAGCAUCUGAGAUGGAGAGCCCUCGAAUCAGGCUAGAUGUUGGACUUGAUCAGGUGCCGAACCUGGCUGACAUGGAAGAUUUAUUGGAAGAUUUGUACAAAGAAUAUCCUCCCCCGCCUCCCCACCAGAGCCUUGUUGAGGAGCAGCAGAGUCAACUGAACCAGUAUGAGUGUGCGGCUGGUCAGUGUGUCAGUGAGCUGCAGAAGGCCCAGCUCCAGGUCCAGUCCUUGCAGGCCAAGAUCCAGGAGAGCGAGGCCAACAACAUGAAGCUGCAGGAGAAGUUGAAUGAGAUGGAGUCUGAGCUGCGUUCAAUCCGUCAGGCUGCUCAGAGUCAGGAAAGAACCAUUCAGGGUCUCACAGAGUCCAACAACACCAAAGACCGUGAGGCCCAGGAGCUGUACGAGCUGAUUGAUGGGCAGAACACCAUGCUGUGUAAGCUGAGAGAAAUGGCCCACCGCAACCAGCUUGCUCAAUGCAAGGCUCCAGAGGGGGUCAGCGAAUCCUUGACGCUCGCCCAGCUGCAGGGCGAGCUGGUGGGGGUGCAGAGCUCCCUAUUCUCCCUUGGUCUAGAGCUGGAAGCCAGCCAAAGGAGUCUGAGACAGAGUCAGAGGCAAGGAGAUGACCUGAUGAGGUUCAAGGACAGACUCAACUCUGAUCUACAGGAGGUACUGCAGCACAGGGAGGUCACUGAAAAACACAACCAGGACCUUCGUUGUGCUCUUCAGAAGACUCGCUCUGAGCUUCAGGCUAAAGAAGCAGCUCUGAAGGAAAGCGAGGCAGAGAGACACGCUGUGGUGCAGGAAAAAGACAGGAACGUCGCACAGCUCAAACGCUCUCUGCAGGACAAGGAGCAACAGUUACAGGAGUACUCAGAGAUGUUGGAGUCAGCAGGAAGCUCCAAACCAAGAGAUGCCCUGCUAGAGAAACUAAGAGAGCGUAUUAAAGAAAGAGACAGAGCUCUGGAGCGUUCGAUCGAUGACAAAUUCCACUCUGUGGAGGAGCUGGAGGGUCAGGUGAGGAGGCUGCAGCUGGCCCUCAGGGAGAAGGAACGAGACCUGGAGAGACUCCGCUGCAUCCUGUCCAACAAUGAGGAGACCAUCACGAGUCUGGACGCCUUGGUGCGCGGUAAAGAACUGGAGCUGGAGCAGGCUGCAGAGGCCUACAGGAACCUCCAGUGGCUGAAGCAGCAGAGUGAGGAGAAGGAGAGGCAUACGCUGAGAGAGAAGGACACCAUCAUCAGCCAAUUACAGGCAGCUCUACAGACACGCAGCCAGGAGACACAGGAUCUGACAGGUGCCCUCGUUGCCAGAGUUCAGGCAGGUCCUACUGAGGUCGUAGAGGAGCUGAAGGCUCGGCUGGCACUGAAAGAGAAGUUGUUCCAGGAGCUGCUGUCUGACCGCAGUCGCCAGUCUAAUGAACACCAAGCACAGGUCCAAGACAUGCUAAACACGCUCAGCUCCAAAGACCAGUAUCUGCAGGACUACUCUUACAGGCUCUCCCUUGUGAUAAGCGAGCAGACCAGCCAGCUGCAGGAGCUCCGCAGACAACUGUCACUGAGAGAGCAGGAGCUGUGCGAGCUGAAACGGGACAAGGAGAGAGAGAUGGGAGGAGAGACGGAGCAUCUGCAGAGCCUGCUUAAAGAGAAAGAAGCCUUUAUCAAGGAACUGAUGCAGGGCCAAGAGGAGGUGAUGCAGCCGUUUUCUAAAGAGAGCGAGGCAGAAAUGAGGGCUAUGCAGGAGGAGUUGCAACUGGUACUGAAGAAGGAGAGAGAGGCUCAGACGGAGCUCUCUGCUCUGCGUUUGUCUUUGGCUCACCAGCAGGUCACACCAGCGAACACUAAGGACAAUUCUGAUCACCAAUGUGUGCUGGAGCAGCUUGUGUCAGAGUACAACAAGCUGAACGAAGCCCUGAAGGCGGAGAAGAGAUUAUACCAAAAUCUUGUGCAGAUUCACACCAAGAGUGACAGCUCAGAGAAGGUCCAGGCUCUCCACACUGAGCUAGACUCAGUUCAGGCUCUCCGUCGACAGCUGGAGGAGGUCCUGGCCAGGACCCGUAACAUAGCCCUGGUGCUGGAAAGGGAGGCUAAAAAGCAGCCUGACUUAGGAGAGCUCAGCACAGAGGAAGAAGAGGAGGAGGAGGAGGGAGACGAUGAAGAUGUCAGCAGUGACGAGUUCACAGACAGCAUAGAGGAAGAUGAUGAUAAAUUGACAGGCAGAAAUUUGGCCUCCAUUCAGGCUCGUGGACCGGAGUGUGUGACCGGCACACCUCUGAGGGGAGCUGAUGUAAAACAGCUUGAGGAAGCAAAGAAGACCCUUGAAAAUCAGCUUCAAGAAAUAUGUUUACAACUUGAGAGGGAUGGAUACACCACCGUGGCUCAGAUGAGGAGCGCACUGCAGAGGCUGCAGCAGGAGAACCAGGCCCUGAAAGAAAGCUGUGAAGUUGUGGGACUGAGGACAAACACAAAGAAGAAUCUGAAGAGCCUAAUCCAGGAAGAGGAAGACGAAGAGGAGGAGGACGAGGAGGAGGAAGAACAGGAGGAGGAGGAUACAGAGGAAGAAGAAGAAGAAGAAGAAGGGGAGGAAACACCUCCACAGCUUGUGGGGAAGCGAGGUCCUCCGUGUGUUAGCCUGAGUGACGAGCGAGGGAAGAGGCAGUGCAUGAGACCUCUGACGACCCAUCAUCACAGGCACCAGCCUGAGACGGAGGUGGAGCCAGCUGGUGGUAGCAGCGAGGUGGGAGAACUGUGGCAGGAUAUAGAGGAAGGUCUCCGUGAGCAGGCGGCCCGUCUGAGCUCUGAUCUGUCUCUGAGCCACCAAGAGAACAGAGAGCUGCAGGAAAGACUGAUGGUGUCUGAGGCAACAGUCCACGCUCAGGCUGAACAGCUGAAGGACUACAGAGACCUGCUCACAGAGACAUCAGUCCAGCAGGCCAGUAAGCAGGUUCAGGUGGACCUCCAGGACUUGGGUUAUGAGACUUGUGGUCGCAGUGAGAACGAAGCUGAGAGAGAAGACACCAGCAGCCCAGAGUUUGAUGACCUGGAGAUGUGCACAUCACUGUCUCAUCACCAAGUCUACGAGGGUGGAGGUGGCAGCUGGUACGCUGGUAACUGCAGCAGUAACCAAGGUGCUUAUGAAAUGAGGGGUGAGUCAGCCUCUCUGCAACAUCUGGUCCAGGAUCUCCGCUCACAGCUGACCCGCUGCCACAAAGUGAUCCGUGGGCUGCAGCUGCGUGUCCGCUCGCUAUCCGCCACCAGCGACUACGCCUCCAGCCUAGAGCGCACCCCACGCAAGGUAAACUGGGCCUUUGAGACAUCACCGGCCCCCAGUGGUGUGGAAGAGGAUGAAGGCUGGAUGUCUGACACCCAGGGGAUUCACUCAGGGUCCAAGCCCAGCAGGGAACUGCAAGAACUGAUGGCACGAGUUGAGUCACUGGAGGCCCAACUGAAGAGCUCCAGACGUGAGGGCAAAGGCCAAGCAGAGGAGGAGAAAUGUGCCACCUGGCCUGGCAAGUACAACUCUCUGAUCCAGACACAAGCUCGUGAGCUGUCCCACCUGAGGCAGAGGAUGAGAGAGGGGCAAGGAGUCUGCCAUAUCCUCACCCAGAACCUGGGUGACACCACCAAGGCAUUUGAGGAGCUGCUACGUGCCAAUGAUAUUGAUUACUACAUGGGUCAGAGCUUCAGAGAGCAGCUGGCACAGAACACUGCCCUGGCACAAAGAGUGGUCGCCAAAAUCAGUGGACGUGAUCGUGCAGAAAGCCACAAUGACAAGACAGGCCAUGAGCUGCUUGCCCUGCAGCUGAGCAAGGAGCUCCAGCAGAAAGAUAAAAUCAUAGAGUCACUCCACACCAAGCUGCAGCAGCGUCCAGAGACUCCAUCCAGCUGCCACGCUCUCUCUGAGACCACAGACCAAUCCGACAGAACCUCCCUGGUGUCUGAUGAGUACAGAACCAAUGAAGACUUAGAGCUGUGCUCUGAAUUAGACGCCAGAGAAUAUCAGGAGGAGCACCGGCAGCAGCAGCCAGGACACGGAUCAGGACAAGACGUCCCUCCAUCUGUCUGUCUUCCUCAUGGCUUCCUCAAGUCCUCCAGUAGCUGUCCCAACAUGCUUUGCUCUGCCCGUGUGGGUUUGACCAAUCAGUCCUCCAGAGCCCUUUUCAGUGAGCCUGUCUCCUUCUCCCUCUCUGCCCCCUCUGGCCCUGAUGUCUGGGGUGUGGAAGUCACUUCUGACCCCCGGCCCAGGGCCCUGUCUGUGAUCGCAGUUCGCCCAGAGCUGGACACGCUGUACAAAAAGAUGAAUGAGCAGAACAGGGACUUUGCAGUCCCCGAUGAUAAACCUCUGUUCACUCUACCACCUGGUGCCCACAACCAGCACAACCUCUCCAGCUACAGCCAGCUAUCCCAUCAUGCCUUUCAACAGUAUCAGCUGGGUGGCAUUCCAGACAGCCACUCACUGAAGUGCGAUUCAGGUCCAGUGACAGGAGGGACUUUGUGGGACAUGGACAACAUGGUUCAGCCGGCUGGAAGCUUUUCUGAAUCACCCGGACACCAGCAAGGAGGCAACCAUGCAGGGGUGAAUUUCAUUGAGGAACACUUGCGGGAGGUGAGGUGUCUCCGUCAGCGUCUGGAGGAGUCCAUUAGGACCAAUGAGAGACUGCGACAGCAGCUGGAAGAGAAACUGUCCACCGCUGGGCGUGAUGGAGGGGCUCCAACAAACAUCUACAUUCAGGGGCUGGACACGGUCACUCAACUGUCCAAUGAGAUCAGAGUCCUGAAGGAAGAGAACUUGGGUCUACAGUCACGCCUGCAGGCCAGCACAGACACGUGUGAGGAGGUGGUGCAGUUGCGUGAGGCUGUGUUUACAGCACGUGCCCGCCUGAAACAAGCAGAGCUGGAGGCAGAGCAGUGGAAGGAAGAGCUAAGACGACUUCAGGCUCACAGUCAGGAGCAGGGACAGCAGAUACACACAUUAAGGCAGGAACGGCAGGCCAGUCAGGAGAAAACUAACAGGCUCCAGCAUGAGGUGUCUCUACUGCAGCAGCAGCUCUGUGAAGGCAGGGAGCUCAUCCACUCCCUGCAGAGUGAACUACAAGUGUAUGAUCGAGUGUGUUCCGGCACAAAGGCCAACAAAGGCUACCUGUGUGAGCUCCCGGGUCUACCGGUGGAGCUGGGAGAGCUGCUUGCUGAGGUGAGGAGUCUGCGAGCUCAGUUGCAAAACAGUGUCCAGGAGAACAGCGCCCUCAAACAACUGGAGCUCCACAAGCAGCUGGAGCAGAAGCUUGGUGUCGGCUCUCCUCGGACUCCCUCCCUGUCUGCCCUCACUGCCAGCCCUCAAAGAGAAAACUUCUACAGGCGACAGCUGCUACACGACCCAGCUCCGUCUCCACCGGUCAGGGACAUUGGACUGUUUAACUGUGGAUCUCCCGGUCCUCCCUACUCCGACCUGGACGACAGCCAUAGCACUGCCAAUGUAGACCCUCUUGACCCUCACUCUGAGCUGGAGGGGGAGGCCCCCGAUGGAUCGUUUGCAAACCGCAACGGCCGCCACACCAUCGGUCACGUGGAUGACUUCAGUGCUCUUCAGCAGCAGGUCUUAGAGGGCCGAAGCCUUGUCCAGCGCAUGGAGACAACCCUGCAGGCCUGCCUUGGCCCAUCACUGCUGGAGGGCAACCGGAGACAGAGCAAUGAGCUGGUCCUGGACUACGGGUGUGUGAAGAGUCUGCUGUCCAGCACCAAGACUUUGAGGCAGAUUCUGGAGGAGGCGAUGUCUCUACUGAAGAUGUUCUGGAGAGCAGCUCUGCCCAGCACCGAUCCCUCCAUCCAAAACCUUAAGAAGGAGCAGUGUAUGCAGGAGGAGAUCUUGUCCCUGAAACUGCGUAUAUCAGAGCAGGAAGAAGUGCUUAAAGGGACAAUUCAAAGACUGAGGAGCACCAGCCGCACCAAGGAGAAUAUGGAGCACUUCAUAGUCAACCAAUUGUCAAGGACUCGUGAUGUGCUGAAGAAAGCAAGGACAAAUUUAGAGAAGAAUGAGCUGAGACUUUCUUCUCUAAGCUCCUCCUCUUCCUCUCCUUAUGCUGCUGAGGACCCAGGAGGUAUUGCCAGAGAGCGGCCUGCUGAUGGCAGUUUCCUGAAGACUGGCGGUGCUUCGGGAGCUGCAGCCAAUCAACGUCCAGCUGCAAGGAAGCGCAGCAGCCAAUGCCUGCUUUAGACUAUUACAGAACCAGCCUCAAUGCCACCACCUCUGACCUCUAUGCUGAAAUAGCCAAGACCCACCACCCCCCACCUUUCCUCCAGCCCGUCACCCAAGCCUUUUCUGUCCCACCUAACCUCCGCCUUAACCUCAGUCCAGCCUUGAAAGUGUUUCCAUCCUUCCAUCCACCAGGCCGUAUAUGUGCACAAUAUAAUCUGCACCUUGAGCCUUACCCUCUCCCCGUCACCCAUUGCUCUCUAACCUCUCCCACCACAUGCACUAUUGUCUUUGAGUGAUAAAGUCAGCAGUUUUUCCUUGUCGAGUGUGUGACAGAUGAAAGGGUUUGAAAUGUGCCUCUGGUGGUUUCAGUGAUGUGCGUCCUAAUGAUGGAGCUGGUCAAAGAUGCUCCUGGACACUGAUCUCAGACCAGGUGUUUGUUUUCAUAAAGGCAGUUUGGUUUCAGGGGCUGUAUUACAGAAACUUUGAGCACCAUUGUACCAGAUUUGGAAAAUUAAAAAAUAACCACGGACUUGUGAGAACUUAACUUGCUAGUUACAAUAUAAAGUUUCUCUAAAACACUCCCAGAUCUUUCUCUAAGAGCAUCUAAGAGCCUAUGCUGAGAACCAGACAGUCUGAGGACGGAAGAGAUGUUCAUGCAUGUUUAAUCGUGGCUUGUGUGAGGAAGUCUGCACACACGCACACACAUAUGUGUGGUUGAAAAUGGCUCACUCAGAGACAAGACAUCCUCAACUCUGACUGCCGCAGAAAUGCAAGUUUACUUCUUGUGGCUCUUUUAUUGACAAGAUUUUUUUGCAAAUGCAAUGCAAAGAACAGUGACACCCAUGAUGUAUCACUACACACAGUGGAGGAAUGUAGAGGAGGUACGUGGUCGCUGCUCAGUAGUCGUGUACUAGUUGUAACUGUAUUUGUGGAGGAAGCUUAUGAAUGGUAUGUCAGCCAUCUGCCAAGGGUUAUGAAUAGCAAAACAAAAGCCACAGAAAGGUUCCAUUUUAGUCACAAGCCUCCUCUUUUAGGUCCUAAUGGUGCAUCUGGCUACUGAAUUUGAAGUACUGAAAAAGUCAAAUGCAGGGGAGAGGGGUCAAUUCAAUGCUCAAGGCUUUGAUCGGUUUGAUUGGGAUGUAGAAAAUGUAAAAAACAAAAAAGAGGUUAAAGUGCUCAAAUGGAACCAGGCUAAACACGCGUAUUCAAGCUCCUCUGUAGGAGUUCUCAUACGAGCAUGUGCAAUAAUGAUGUUUAUUGAAUGAUCAUGCUGCAGUGGGUUAUUAUUAUUUCAUUGCUUGACACUGGGUUAUUAGUCACACUCAUAAUAAAGUUAGAACACAAUCAGUAUUACGAUUGUAUGUUAUAUCUGGAGUGUUGAUGCAUGUCAGAGAUUGUGAAUGGUCAAAUCUAAGCUAUGGAACAGGGGAUUGCCAAUACUUGCCAAAGUUUGAACUCUUUACUUUCACUUUGACUUGCCUUAUCCAUGCGAAUGACAAACCCGGGUCUGAUCAGACCGCAGGGAUAUAGAGGUGCCCUGUUUUUUUUUCAAGGGCCUCCAGAACCACAGAGAUGGUAACCGUUAGACAGCUGGUUGCGUUUAUUUCCAAUUGUGCGACAGAAAUUAGCUCCUUUUCAGGACCAAAAUUCAACUCAGAGUGGAUUUUUCCCACAAGGCUGUAUGUUGUUGUCUUUGUGUUAUUCCUCUUGGUUCAGGUUGUCUUAGCAUUCCCAUGGCCAUGGCAAAAUAUAGGUUAUCAAGUUCUUACAGAUGAUGCAAACUUUGGUGUGCUACUGGUAGGAUCAUUGUUCUGUAAUUCACUCACAACAGCUCUGCUUCACAUUUAAUUUGUUUUCUUGCUGUACAUUUGCCAUGUUAUACUGUAAAUAACCUGUGUGAAUUUUCCUGUAUGAAUGAGUGUGCAUGUGUGUGUGUGAACGAGUGUGUGUGCCUGAGUGUGAACAUCCAACAUUUGCUUUUUGCAAAGUUGAUUUUCUGGGUAGCUGUGCAAUAGUGUUAUAUUUUUAAUUUUGAUGUUAAACAUUGUUGUGUUUGAAGUAUGUUUGCUACAUUCACUUCUUGCAAUGUAUGAUUUAUAUGCAGUGUAUAUUAGAGGAAUGUGUCACUUUGAAUCAGUUAGUCACAUAGGCUGCAUCUGAUAAGAAAUCACAAUCUAUGCCUUUGUGAUAUCUAAGUCACUGAUCACAUUUAUCGUUCACCUAUAAUAAAGCUCUGAUUAAUGUUGCUUCGCUUGCCUUUAAAUUUAGCUUGAGAGCUUCUUCAGUCUGCUCUCAGUGGUAGAAAUGGCCUUGAACUAGCGCUUGUCUACCUGACAUCCACCAAAUUAGGUUUUGUUUGCGCUCGUGUCUUAAGCAAAAAGACAAAAGUUGCCAAGUAUUUCAACAGAGGUGAAAAGUUUGAUGUUACCUUUUGGAAUCAAAUGAGUUAAAGGUAUGAGUUUUGAAGAUUUGUCUAUUGUAAAGAAAAAACAAAACAAAAAAAGAAAGCCAAUGACUGAUAUCCACAAAGCACCUUGUUAGAGCAUAAACAAAGCCUUUUUGCAUUUUGUUAUUAAGAAGGGAAUCAAACAGCUGUUUGAAACAAUGUAUUGUUGGUCCUAAGAUGCGUAUGUAUAUAGCGCUAUGUGAUUGGUGCAGUUUUUAUGUGAAUGGAAAGCCGCUUGUCGUAUAUGCAUAACAAACUAGAAAGCCGAUACAGGACUCAAAUGGAUCCUGUCUCUGAUGACAGUUAACAGUGUGCUGUGUUGGCCAAAGUAUUAUCAAUGAAAGAUUUUGGAAAAGAAAGAAUGAAUAAAACACUUUAAAAGCC